UUCCCGGCCCAGCUGUUCAUCCUCCCUUCGGGCUGUCGAUAAAUGGUGAACCUGGGGAAGCCAAACCGUGCUAAUACCGGAUUUCUCACCGGCCCGUGUCCCGGUGACUGGUUCUUACGCCCUCACGCUCAAAGGGCCGCGUGGCGCCGAGCAUGUUGAGCCACGGGUGUCCUGUAACGAGCCAAUAAGCUUGCUGGUGCCUGCCCCAUGUUUCCACGUUUCCUCCUCUGCUAUACCUCUCUUCCCACCCUUGAACCCUUGCGUCACCCUCAUGUCCGAGGCGAGAGAUAAGUGUGUGUGUGUGUGUGGGGGGGGGGCGUGCUUGCGUGUGCGUGCCGCUGUGUAUAUAUAGGCGUGCGGCGGAGACUGGCAGACACUCACACAUGGACACACUCAGGAUGAAGAGACUCAGUGUGGCGGCGGCUGUUGUGCUGAUGCUGAUGAUGGUGCUGCCCCGGGGGGAGUCUGCCCUGGAGGUCUGCAUGUCCCCCCUGGCGUCGUGUAAGCCUGACUGUACUGGCACGGACAGCGGCGACAAAGUGGCCGACCCCAAAAACUGCACCAAUUACUACUUAUGCUUCAGCGGCCAACCGUUGGACCUCCCGGACAGCUGUGGCAGCACUAGCCACUUCGACCCGGACGCCCAUGACUGUGUGGCCGGGACGGAGUGUGAGCCCGUGUGUGGUGGUGGAGGCUCGGGCUGCGCCAUAACCUGCUACGAAAACUUGAGCGUGGUCUCCAACCCCUUCGACUGCCACACAUACUACAUCUGCAACCCCACCGAGCCCGUUCUUGUGCGGUGCAGUGAUGAAUACCCUUUCUUUGACGGCACCGACUGCACCAACGAUGAUACUUUCUGCUGCCCCCCAUACUGCGGCGUGAACUGCGACGGCGAAGCCUUCGUCAUGGUGCCGGACCCCGAUGACUGUGGCUUGUUCUACGUGUGUGAAGACGGCGUGCAAGGCUAUCCAGGUGAUGACCACCAUUACACAUGCGGCGACGGGCACUACUUCAACGUAACGCUUGGCAAUUGUGAGGAAGGCGACCCAAACUCCUGCACCACACUGUGCGAGGCCGCCACGGGGACUACCACCACCACCACCACCACCACCCCCACCACCACCACCCCCAGCACCGGUGACUGCGUGACCACCUUCACCUGUCCCGCAGCGGGUGACUUCCCCGCCUGCCAAACCUGCCAGCCGCAAUACUUUGACUGUACCGGCGCGGGCGUGCCGGGCGUGAUGACCACAUGCCCCGGUGACUUGGUCUUCAGCCCCACGCCAGGCUACGGCUUCUGUGUCCUGCCCGCCAACUGCCCCCUACCCUCAUGCCCCCAUACCCCCCUCCCCGACCCCUGAUGCCCCUAUGCCCCCCUCCCCUACCCCUGAUGCCACCAUACCCCCCUCCCCGACCCGUGAUGCCCCUAUGCCCCCCUCCCCUACCCCUGAUGCCCCCAUGCCCCCCCUCCCCGACCCCUGAUGCCCCCAUGCCCCCCCUCCCCGACCCCUGAUGACCCCAUGCCCCCCUCCCCCACUCUUGGUGCCCCCAUGCCCCCCUCCCCUACCCCUGAUGCCCCAACCCCAGCACGCCUCCUCCCCUCCCUUGCUCUAACAUACUCACCUUCCUCCCCAGCCUGUAAACUCCCAUUCUCUCUCCUCCCCUCUCAUCGCCCCUCAGUUCCCCCUUCCAGACUGGUUAUGAUGAUGAUGAUGAUGAUGACGAUGAUGACAGGAGCCAUACCUCAGGUCGUGUGACAUGGUUGUCUAUAAUCAAUUAAUAUAUCGUGCCCCCACCCAUGAAGAAGUAUACACAUGUACAUACGUACGUAUGUAAGUACUGUACGUGGUGUGGGUCUUCCCACGACAUGUAUCAUUCCUGUCUUGGUUGGUAAUAAUAACUGCUGCCGCUAAACCUU